AUGGAUGGGCUGCCGAUCGAGACGUUUCUGGACCCGGAGAUGGAGUUUCUGGCGGCCAAGAAAGAGACCGGCAACGAGUGGGAGCUCUUCAAAGAAAACGUUCGUCCCUUGAAGCGCGGCCGCAAAGUCGGCCUCCUCAAUGGCGCCCUGAAAUCCCACUCCGAUUACCAACUCAGGAACUCGCUUCUCCAACAUCGGAGGAGAUUAAUAGAGGCCAUCGAUGAGUAUACAGGUGAAGACCCGCUUCAGCCAUGGAUUGAGUGCAUCAAAUGGGUUCAGGAAGCCUUUCCUCCUGGUGGUGACUGCUCGGGGUUAGUUAUGAUUUAUGAACAAUGUGUACGCACAUUUUGGCACGAAGAUCGUUAUAAGACCGAUCUUCGGUACCUGAAAGUAUGGCUGGAAUACGCUGAAAAUUGUGUUGAUGCUGAAGUCAUUUAUAACUUUUUGGAGGCAAACAAAAUUGGAGUAACACAUGCAUCAUUUUACAUUUCCUAUGCAUCCCAUAUGGAGCACAAGAACAAAAAUAGAACUGCAAACGACAUCUUCAACCGUGGGCUAUCUUUGAAAGCUCAACCGGUUGAAAAGCUAACAACAGCAUACAAGAAAUUUCUCACACGUUCAAUGGGACAACUGAAAGCUACAGAAGAGGAUGGGACAGAAAUCCACUUACCAGCUCGAAGCUUUGGGACUGUGUUGACUAGGCAAAUAAGUGGGAACCGAGCUUCAGAAUGUUCUGAUAUUUUUAGGAAAAAGCUCAAGCCAGACAGGGCUCCUGGAACUGCAUUGUCCAUUUUUAAAGACAAGGGCAGCAGUUCACUAGCGAGUCAUGAGCACCCUGAUAUGUCCAAGGCUGAAUUAAAACCAUGGCACUCACUCGGUGCCCGAGCAGAAAGAAAUAAAGAGAAUAAUGCAAUCCCUUCCAAGUGGACAUCAACUAAGAUUCCUCAAAGACAUGGUCAAAGCAUAAGAAGACCAACUCCAGGCCCCUGCAUUGAGAUCUUUGUGGAUGAAGAAGCCUCAGAACAACAUAAACGAGCAAACGAGAGGGACCAGUCCUCGACUCUGCAGCUCAGGCCUGGGGACGGUAGAGAUAUUAAGAAAGAAACAGAGCUGCUGAGGGAGAAUCCGUUGCGCAAUUUCCCUCCAAGUUCUUUGCCAAGAUAA